AUGGAGGAGAGCGACGUAUAUGUGAGGGAGGAGGGCGAUCGACCCAUGGAGCACUCGCCCCGCGGCCGCUACAUCCGCUUUGACAUCCGAUUGGGCACAGGCGCCUACAAGUCAGUGUACAAGGCGUAUGAUACAGACCAGGGCAUUGACGUGGCGUGGAACGCCAUCGACAUCGGUCUGUUGCCCAGUACGGAGAAGACUCGCAUUAUCCAGGAGGUGCAGCUGCUGCAGAAGCUCGAGCACAAGAACAUCAUCAACUUCUACGGCUCGUGGUUCUCCAAGGAGAAGAACCAGGUCGUGUUCAUCACGGAGAUCAUGACGUCGGGGACACUCAAGUCAUACAUCAAACGCGUGCAGUUCAUUAAGUGGAAGAUCAUCAAGCGCUGGUGCAUCCAGAUCCUUGAAGGCCUGCACUAUCUGCACAGUCAGAACCCUCCAGUGAUUCACCGGGAUCUCAAGUGUGACAACAUCUUUGUGAAUGGUAAUACAGGCGAUCUACGUAUCGGAGAUCUUGGAUUAUCGACCCAAUUGGCAGUGGACAAGAGAUCCAAGGCUCAGAGUGUACUGGGCACGCCUGAGUUCAUGGCUCCGGAGCUAUACGAUGAGAGUUACGAUGAAAAAGUGGACGUGUACGCGUUUGGAAUGUGUGUGCUGGAGAUGGUGACCAAGGAGGUGCCCUACUCGGAGUGUAUCAAUCCAGCACAGAUCUACAAGAAGGUUACGGCGGGUAUUCGACCGAAAGGUCUACAACGCGUGGUUAGCCAGGCUGCACGUGACUUUAUCGAGUUGUGUUUGUCACGUGGAAAUGGUCUCGUGGAUGUGACGGCUCAGUAUCUAUUGGAUCACCCGUUUCUGAAGGCACAGGACGAUGAUAACGACAUGGUGGAGUGUUUGGAUGAAGACGAACUGGAGCGGGAAAAUAAAGAAGAACAGCAGCGUUUGGAGAAGGUGGCGGAGGAGUCGUUUGCCGUGGAGUUUAACAUGGAGAGCGGAUCCAAAGGCGGCGCUGCUGUUGUGAUUAGUGAACGACGUAAGCAAUUCCCUUCGCUCUCGUUAGAGCCGGAAGAAAUGUCUGCAGCGUCCUCGGCGAGCGGUAGUGCGUCGGCACCUGGUAGUGGUGGCAGUGUCAUUGCGGCUGCCCCAGCGGAGGAAAAGACUGCCGGAACACAUCGAUUAAUUCAGGUACCACCAGCUGGAGCACCUGCUCGCGACAGUAUCACUCAACCACCGUCUCCAGUGACUGAUCCAGUGCCAACGGAAGCAGUGGCGCCAGCUCCAGCUCCGGUUCAAACGUCCACUCCACCACCUGAACCAGCCCCGACGUUGACUCACUCGCCGUCUCAGCCUGUUAUCAGCGAGAUGGUUGCUGCUGAUGAGCCUUUGUCGUCUGGGAAGAAGAAUGCGGAUGCACACGUGGAUCGAUUCCUCGCUACAUUGCCUGGCAGUGAGAGUGCAAUCCAGAACACGCGGAUAAACAUCAUGGGAGGGAGAGGACAACGACUGGAUUUGGAGAAUGACACCACGCCAGAAUAUGCUGAAAGUCCUGCGGAGUCACCGGUGGCCAAUGGAAAAGAAACACCAGAACAUUCACAGUCUUUCACUGGAGAACCUUCAGCACUGCCUGCACAUGUGGCUAAAGUUGAGCCUCCUAACUCAGCUCCAGGUCUUUUGACACCAUCUCAAGCUCCUCAAGCCCAAGUGCCGGCAAUGCAGCUCCCUGAGCCUGUUGUGGAGCCUCAGACUAAUCUCGUCCGCCGGGCGAGUAUCCAUGCACCAUCCGAUGCAGCUGUAGCAGCGGCAGUGGCUGCUGCUGCAUCGGAAGCUGUUGCUCCUGUACCCAGUCAACCGUCUCCACCACAGCCGCCUCCACAAGUGCCCCAGCCAACUGCACCGCCGCCAGCAUCAAAUAAUGCAGGUGCUACUGCCCGAAAGCGCGUAAAGCGACACGAUAUUAAGGCAGCCAAAGACCCUGACAACGAGCACAGCAUCCUACUGAAUCUGCGCAUCAUGAUCGACGGCAAGUCGAAGGAAAUCAAGUUCCCGUUCAACUUGUUCGCUGACAGCCCACAUGAAGUUGCGUGCGAAUUGGCUGUGGACGUUGGAAUCCUGGAGCCGGAUCUUGAAGAUAUCGCCGACUCGAUCCGCUUCUUGGUGACGGAGGGCAAGAUCAACAACCUCUCGGAUGUGCAGGAAGACGUGUGGGAAGAAGCGCCGGAGCCUCAUUCCUUCUCGUCCAAGCCGUUUCCUAACGUAUCCAAGAUGUCGUUCGUGCACGUGCCUCAUGGAGCGUACCAGCAGCAAGCGUUUAUGAUGGGUGCUGCUGGUUUAGAACGUACACAGAGUGCUUCAAGUGUGUCUACUUCAGGAAUGCCGGCUUCGGUGCUUCAGAGUGUGUUAGGCACAAGUGGAACUACGGUUUCUGCGCCGGCUGCUGUACCCCCGGAGUUGGUGAUACCUGGAUCGCAAGAGGCGCCGAAUACUGCGAAUCUGAAUGAUCCAUCGUCCACCUUAAUGGUGCUCGAUGGCAGCAUUCCACUGAAUAGCAGUAGUAGUAGUAGUACAACUUCGCUGCCAUCGUUCCCUAGCAAUGACGUGGUUCGAUCGCCGCCACGUCCUGGUUUGCCACACACUGCAAGCGAGUCAACGCUAACCAAGGAAGCGUGGCUGAAUCUCUUGGAGAUGCGUGCACGUGGAGCCUCGAUGGGGUCGAUCACCGAUCCAACGUACGUCCAGCAGAUGCACCAGCUCGAGGACCGUUUGAAGAUGGCACGAUCUUCGUUUAACGAGCAGGAAUCCUCACUGGAAGCAGCGAUCCGAAGUGAGGAGGAGAAGCACCAGCGUGAAGUGGAGCGUUUCCGAAAGAAAAUGGAGGAAUUCGACAAGCAGCGAGCUGCUAUCGCUCGACAGCAGAAUGGAGAAAGCGCCGUGUUUAGCGACGCCAAUGGCUCAUCGACUGCAUUGGAUGAAAACCUACGAUUGCUUGCUCAAGGAGAGACGAUACCCAACGCCAAUAUGCAGAAUCCCUCGGCGAUGCUCGUGGAAUUUGACAAUGACGUGGGUCUUCCAGUCGAUGGAUCGGAUGAGGAGCCGUCACCGCCGCCUUCUGGAGCGACAUCGACGACUACUGUGGCUAGGCUAGGGAACGCAAGUACUGAAGCUGCAGCACGUCCACUGUCGGUGCCUGUAGACGAAUUGAUCCCGGAAAGCUAUUUACAAUCAGCGGCACUAUCGACAGCAGCAACGGACACGGCGACCACGACAGCAACAGCACCGACUCCCAGCCAGCCGAAGCCUGGGCAGGCGUAG